AUGGCCAAUGCAUUAUCAUACAUGCACCAUGACUGCACACCCCCGGUAGUUCACAGAGAUAUAUCAAGCAACAACAUCUUGUUGGAUUGUGAUUAUGAAGCUUGUGUCUCCGACUUUGGUAUCGCGAGGAUUUUGAAACCUGAUUCAUCGAAUUGGACUUCACUUGCAGGAACUUAUGGUUACGUUGCGCCAGAGCUAGCCUAUACAAUGAAGGUGACAGAGAAGUGCGACGUAUAUAGUUUUGGAGUGGUAACAUUGGAAGUACUAUUUGGAGCGCAUCCAACCGAAUUCAUCUCAUCAUCAAUCACUCUUUCAUCUGCAUCAUCAUUAUCUUCGCCUCCGGAAGUUUUCAUUGACCGGAAUAUGCUAUUAAAAGAUGUACUUGAUCCACGUCCUGAAGCACCAGAGGAUAUUAUCGCGAACGAAAUCAUGCACAUUGUGAAGUUUGCGUUUUUGUGUGUGCAUAAGGAUCCACAAACUCGGCCAUCUAUGCAAGAAGUAUCCACAGAGCUAUCAUCAGCUCGUAGUAGACCGAACUUCCCAUCGCCUUUCCAGACGAUCACAUUAGGCCAACUAGUAUUGUAA